GAGGCAUGAGUGUAAUGCCUGACAUUUUACGCCCGCAGUGCAGGAUUGGCCAGUACACGAGCCAUUUUCUAAAGACGCAUGGUUUUCGGUUCCGGGUUCCUGCUGUGGGCGCCUGGGAACAGCCGCAGACUGUGCUGGCAACCACGGGCUACUGUUUAUGAUGCUCGCCGCCCGUUCCCGUUGCUGCGACGAUGUAACGAAACCGAAGGCAUCGCUGUUCCUCGCAACAGUUGCAGCCUUUGCGGGAACUCUGUCCUCCUCGUUUGUGAGCGAGCGCUGUGACGGCGUCGUAAAAAUUGCCCUUCGCUCGAAGAUGGCGCCAGAGAAUGCUUCUCCGUGUCUAUUUAGGCUUCCCACAUUAGCCGACGACGGACUAUUUGAGGUGCAGUGGUAGGGCUGGCUUCCGUCGAUUUUCGGCGCCUGUUGUGCUUUGCGGGUCCUUCGAGUCGUCAAACAUCGGAGCCACCGGAUCCGAAGAAUGGCUCUGGAGAAUUUUCGGACUCCCCCGGGACCCGCAUAAAUGAAAAGGCGGCGUUACUGGCUUUUGUCCAAACAGACUGCCCCCCCUCCCACCCCUUUGUCGUGAAAAAUGCUUUCCACUCGCAAUGGCUCUGAUACCAAGGGUGCCAUGAAUCAGGAGCUGUCCAUAGCACCCGUGUCUUGCCAUCGCUGCUUCCUGGCCAAGUCUUCCAGGGACCACGUUGUUGUGGUGCCCUCUGGUGGAGCCAACCAGGAAUACCAUCGAUUGAUCCCUGCCCUUUUUCGGGAUGUGUCUACCAUUUCUACAAAGUCACUGCUCAAGCUUGUUCAAGAGCUGUCCAACUCACUGACGGAGCACAGCCUACUGAUGCGCCUUGUGGGAACGCCCAAGGAUGGCCUCCUUCACCGGAGCCGUAUGUCUGCUCUGCAGUGCCGCUGCUGCCAGAUGGCACACUGCCUGAAGGCACACUUUGUGGACAUCUUCCGCGGAAUGGAGACCUUGUCGCAGCCUGACAUUGUGGAGCUGGGCAAGUCUCUGCGCAUCUACAUGGCUUGCCUGCACUCCAUGGAACAAGAGCUUCUCCAGACUGCCCACCUGUUCCAGCUGUUCCCUUUGCACCCCACCCCAGAUGGUUCGGUGAAAGCUCAGUUCGUGCACACGGGGACCACUGGUGGCAUGGAGCAGAUGUUCAGCGCUGUCUGCGAGUCCCUGAUGUUGUCCACGGCUGACAAGUACCGACAAGAACGAGAUAGCUGGAAGCAGCUGGCAAAGCUUACUAUGGACAUACGUGCACUCAGUGAUUCAUUGCAUACGGAUGCGGUUUUAGGAUCCAUGGUUGACUACGUCAUCUUUAAUCCAGGUGCGUCAUGUUUUUCUCAUGUAACCUUUCAAUUCUUUAUUUUAUGA